GAGCAAGAGGAGGAGGAGGAGAAAGAGGAGGAGGCGCUGUGCACGAGUGAGGGGUAGGAGAAGCGGAGGCGCUCUGCCCUAUAUGGCUGUGGAUGAGUUCUGCUAAUAUCGGCUUGAGAGGCGCAGCAUCGCGUUUCUGCCGGCAGUCAGCGGAGGGCUCCGGAGUCUGAGGAGGCUCCUUCCCAACCAUGGCCGAGGGCGGAGAGGGGGAGGACGAGAUCCAGUUCCUGAGAACUGACGAUGAGGUGGUUCUUCAGAGCGCCGCCACCAUCCAGAAGGACCAUCGCAAGUUCUGUCUGGCUGCAGAGGGCCUCGGAAACCGUGUGUGUUACCUGGAACCCACGUCUGAAGCCAAGUAUGUCCCUCCGGACAUGUGCAUCUGUAACUUUGUGCUGGAGCAGUCGCUGUCGGUUCGGGCCCUGCAGGAGAUGCUGGCUAACACGGGGCAGAACAGUGAAGGGAGUGCUGACCAUGAAAAAUGGGCCGCUCAAGGAGGUGGGCAUCGAACCCUACUGUACGGUCACGCCAUUCUUCUGCGGCACUCCUUCAGUGGCAUGUAUUUAACCUGUUUGAAGACAUCAAGAUCUCUUACUGACAAGCUGUCAUUUGACGUUGGACUGCAAGAAGAUUCAGUUGGAGAGGCCUGCUGGUGGACCAUUCACCCCGCAUCCAAGCAGAGAUCCGAGGGAGAGAAAGUCCGUAUCGGAGAUGAUCUGAUUCUUGUCAGCGUGUCAACAGAAAGAUAUCUGCAUCUCUCCAUCUCCAACGGCAACAUUCAGGUCGAUGCAUCGUUCAUGCAGACUCUGUGGAACGUGCAGCCAACCUGCUCUUCAAGCAGCAUGGCCGUAGGGUUUUUGAUUGGUGGACAUGUGAUGCGCCUCUGUCACGGACACGAUGAGAGCCUGACCAUCCCCGGAGCCGACAAGAGUGAAGAAGAGCAGAGAAUCGUAAACUACGAGGCGGGGAAAGGAGCAUCGCGGGCUCGCUCUCUGUGGAGGCUGGAGCCUCUCAGAGUCAGCUGGAGCGGCAGCCACAUCCGUUGGGGUCAGGCCUUCCGCCUGCGCCAUCUCUCCACGGGUCAUUAUCUGGCUCUAACGGAAGACCGAGGUCUGGUUCUGGAGGACAGAGAGAAGUCUGGCACCAAGGCCACGGCGUUCUGCUUCAGGCCCUCAAAGGAAAAAGUGGACACCGGUCCAAAGAGAGACAUAGACGGCAUGGGGGUGCCAGAAAUCAAGUACGGAGACUCCGUCUGCUUUGUCAUGCAUGUGGCGACCGGACUCUGGCUGUCCUACAUGGCGCCUGAUGCCAAAUCCUCCCGCCUUGGCCCAUUGAAAAGAAGGGCCUGCCUGCACUCUGAAGGCCACAUGGACGACGGCCUCACGCUGCAGCUCUGCCAGCACGAGGAGGCUCGGGCUGCUCGCAUCAUCCGAAACACCACAUUCCUCUUCUCAACCUUCAUCAAGGCUUUGGACAGCGUCAAGGACCCAGAGUCGUCCACCGUGGCCGGGUACAUCGAGGAGGUUCUGCAGACCCUGAAUGACCUGAUCGAGUAUUUCAAACAGCCCGACUCUGAGCUGGAGCACGAGGAGAAGCAGAGUCUUCUCCGCUCACUCAUCAGACGUCAGGACCUCUUCAAGGAGGAGGGCAUGUUGACCCUCCUGUCCAAAUGCAUCGACCGGAUGAACCUGUACGAGAGUGCUGCUCACUUUGCAGAGGUGGCCGGCGAGGAGGCGGGCGCAGCGUGGAAGGACAUCCUCAACCUGCUCUAUGAGCUGUUGGCUGCACUCAUUUGUGGAAACAGGAACAACUGCACCCAGUUCUCCCGCAACUUGGACUGGUUGGUGAGCAAACUGGAGAGACUGGAAUCCUCGUCAGGAAUCCUGGAAGUCCUUCAUUGUAUCCUGGUGGAAAGUCCAGAAGCUCUGAACAUCAUCCAGAGGGGUCACAUCAAAUCCAUCAUAUCUCUGCUCUACAAGCACGGACGGAACCACAAGAUUCUGGACGUUCUUUGUUCUCUAUGUGUGUGCAACGGGGUGGCAGUGAGAGCCAAUCAGAAUCUGAUCUGUGACAACCUGCUUCCCAAACGGGAUCUGCUGCUUCAGACUCGACUGGUCAAUGAUGUUCAAAGCAUGCGUCCAAACGUCUUCCUGGGCAUGGCGGAGGGGUCGGCCCAGUAUAAGAAGUGGUACUAUGAGCUGGUCAUUGACCAGGCGGACCAUUUUGUUACUGGAGAGCCGACCCACUUGAGGGUGGGAUGGGCCAACACAAAAGGCUACGCUCCGUACCCUGGUGGAGGGGAAGGGUGGGGGGGCAAUGGAGUGGGAGACGACCUUUACUCCUACAGCUUCGAUGGACUCCAUCUGUGGUCAGGUCGAAUCCCGAGGGCCGUGGCCUCCAUCAACCAGCACCAGCUGAACUCUGACGACGUGGUCAGCUGCUGUCUGGAUCUGGGCGCUCCCAGCAUGUCCUUCAGGAUCAACGGUCAGCCUGUCCAGGGAAUGUUUGAGGAUUUCAACACAGACGGGUUCUUCUUCCCGGUCGUCAGCUUUUCUGCAGGAGUCAAAGUCCGGUUCCUGCUGGGUGGACGCCAUGGAGACUUUAAGUUUCUGCCCCCUGCUGGUUACUCUCCGUGCUACGAAGCCCUGCUGCCCAAAGAGAAGAUGCGGGUGGAGCCUGUGAAGGAGUACAAGAGGGAUCACGAUGGAGUCCGAGACCUGCUGGGAACCACACAGUUUCUGUCUCAGGCCUCCUUCAUCCCCACACCUGUUGACACCAGCCAGAUUGUUCUGCCACCUCAUCUGGAAAACAUUCGGGACAAACUGGCAGAAAACAUCCAUGAACUUUGGGGGAUGAACAAAAUCGAACUGGGCUGGACUUAUGGCAAGGUUCGGGAUGACAACAAGCGUCAGCAUCCGUGUCUUGUGGAUUUUGCCAAACUGCCUGAAACAGAAAGGAACUACAACCUGCAAAUGUCCAGUGAAACAUUAAAAACUCUGUUAGCUCUGGGAUGUCAUGUUGCCCAGGUCAACGUUCACGCAGAGGACGAUCUGAAGAAAAUCAAACUGCCCAAAGACUACAUGAUGUCAAACGGGUACAAGCCUGCGCCACUGGAACUCUCUGACGUCAAGCUGAAUCCAGGUCAAGAGGUUCUAGUUGAUAAACUGGCCGAAAAUGCACAUAAUGUGUGGGCCAAAGACCGAAUUAAACAAGGAUGGACCUACGGCAUCCAGCAGGAUCUGAAAAGCAGACGAAAUCCUCGCCUGGUGCCGUAUGCUUUACUGGAUGAACGCACUAAGAAGUCUAACCGGGACAGUCUACGGGAGGCCAUCAGGACCAUCGUGGGAUACGGAUAUGACAUCGAUCCCCCAGACCAGGAGGCGGUGCAUGUGGUGGAUGAUCACAGCGUGGAGACCAUCCGCUUCUUCCGCGUGGAGCAGACGUACGCCGUAAAGACGGGGAAGUGGUACUUUGAGUUUGAGGUUCUGAGUGGGGGUGACAUGCGCGUCGGCUGGGCCAGACCGGGCUGCAGGCCUGACGUAGAGCUGGGAUCAGACGACCAGGCCUUCGUCUUUGACGGAUACAGGGGCCGGCGCAUGCACGCAGGCAGCCGCUACUUUGGACAACCGUGGAAGAAAGGAGACGUGGUCGGAUGUAUGAUCAACAUGGAGGACAAGUCCAUGAUUUUCACCCUGAAUGGAGAACUGCUGAUCACAAGCAGAGGCUCUGAGCUCGCCUUCACCGACUUUGAGACCCAGGAUGGCUUCAUCCCCGUGUGCAGCCUGGGCAUGGCUCAGAUCGGCCGCAUGAACCUGGGGAAGGACGCCAGCACCUUCAAGUACUACACCAUGUGUGGUCUGCAGGAAGGCUUCGAGCCUUUUGCCGUCAACAUGAAGAGAGAAAUCACCAUGUGGUUCAGCAAACGUCUGCCCACCUUCUUCAACGUCCCCCAGGAUCACGUCCACAUCGAGGUGACCAGGAUCGACGGGACAGUGGACAGCCCCCCCUGCCUGAAGGUCACCCAUAAGACAUACGGCACGCAGAACAGCAACAGCGACAUGGUGUACUGCAGACUGAGCAUGCCCGUGGAGUUCUACUCUGCAGACAAGAUGCUGGAUGAAUCUGUGAAGCUCAGCCAACCUCCUAAAGAAGGUGCUGACUACAGCAGCAUCACAACAUACUUCCACUCGGUGAGAGUGUUCGCGGGACAGGACCCCACCUGCAUUUGGGUGGGCUGGGUGACGCCCGACUAUCACUAUUACAGCAAGAACUUCAGCCUCGGGAAAACUCAGACUGUUACUGUCACCCUGGGAGAUGAGAGGGGGCGGGUCCACGAGAGCGUUCAGAGGAGUAACUGUUACAUGGUGUGUGCGGCAGACGCCGUCAGCCCGUCCUCCAGCCGCUCCAACUCGGAUCUGGAGAUCGGCUGUUUGAUCGACCUGGCCACCGGUCUGGUCUCCUUCACUGCCAAUGGGAAGGAGCUUCCCACAGCGUACCAGGUGGAGCCAAAUACAAAGCUCUUCCCAGCUGUCUUUGUUCUUCCCACCAGCGCGAACCUCUUCCAGUUUGAGUUUGUUAAAAUUAAGGACGCCAUGCCUCUGUCGUCAGCCAUGUUUAAGAGUGAACACAAGAACCCUGUGCCUCAGUGUCCGCCGCGGCUGGAUGUGCAGACCAUUGUAGCCGUCCUGUGGAGCCGGAUGCCAAACACCUUCUUGAGCGUGGAGACAGCUCGAGUCAGUGAAAGGCACGGCUGGGUGAUCCAGUGUUUGGAGCCGCUGCAGAUGAUGGCUGUGCACAUACCUGAGGAGAACAGAUGUUUGGACAUCUUGGAGCUGUCAGAGCAUGAAGACCUCAGGAAGUUCCACUACCACACGCUGAAGCUCUACUGCGCCCUCUGUGCUCUGGGAAACACGCGCGUCAGCCACGCCCUGUGCAGCCACCUGGAUCAAUCCCAGCUCCUGUACACUAUCGACAACCAGUACCUGUCUGGAAUGUUGAGGGAAGGGUUUUACAAUGUCCUCAUCAGCAUUCACCUGGAGACGGCAAAAGAGGCUCGCCUGAUGAUGAAUAACGAGUUUAUCAUCCCUGUGACGGACGAGACUCGUUCCAUCAAGCUGUUCUCAGACGAGUCUAAGCAGCACUCGCUGCCAGGUGUGACUCUGAGCACCUCCCUCAAACCCAGAGUCAACUUCUCGCCUGUUGGCGUCAUCAACACCAAGCGCCAGCAGUUCCUCUACAGCCCCCAGAUCCCUCUGGGGGUUCUGAAGGAGAAGGCCAUCUCCAUGCUAACCGAGGCCGUGCAGGGCGGGGGGUCCCACAUCCGAGAUCCCGUUGGGGGGAGUUUGGAGUACCAGUUUGUCCCCAUCCUGAAACUGAUUGGGACCCUGCUGAUAAUGGGGGUCCUAACCAGUGAGGAGGUGAGGCUGAUUCUCCUCCUGAUCGAGCCCAACGUCUUUGGAGAGAGCAAGGAGGGCGAGGAGGCCAAGGGAGAGGUGUUGGCUGUGGCGGGGGAGAAGGAGGAGGUCAGCAAGAACGAGGAGAAGGCUGUGGAGGCGGGAGAGGAGGAAACCAAGGAGAGCAAGUCCCCCUCCAAAGGCCUGCUGGAGAAGUCUCUGCCUGAGCCAGUGAAACGUCAGAUGUGCGAGCUACUCCACUACUUCUGUGACUGCGAGCUGAGGCACCGCAUUGAAGCCAUCGUCUCCUUCUCCGACCGCUUUGUCUCCAAGCUGCAGUUCAACCAGAAGUUUCGCUACAAUGAGCUGAUGCAGGCGUUCAACAUGUCUGCUGCCGUCACGGCCAAGAAGACCAAGGAGUUCAGGUCUCCUCCACAGGAGCAGAUCAACAUCCUGCUAAACUUCAGUGCAGGAGAGGACUGUCCGUGUCCCGAGGAGAUCCAGGACGAGCUCAAUGUUUUCCACGAGGAGCUGCGGCUGCACUGUGGAAUCCCGAUGGAAGAGGAGGAGGAGGAGCAGGACACUUCCAUUAAAGGCCGACUCCUGGCUCUGCUCUACAAGAUCAAAGGGCCGCCUCAGAAGGCAGCGGAGGAGCCCACGGAAACGGAGCAGGCCGCUCCGACUAACUUGAAGGAGCUGAUUUCUCAGACCAUAACAAGCUGGGCGCAGGAGUCCCACAUCCAGGACCCCGAGCUGGUCAGGGUCAUGUUCAGCCUGCUGAGGAGGCAGUACGACGGCAUUGGAGAGCUGCUCCGCGCCAUGAAAAAGUCGUACACCAUCAGCGCCGCAUCCGUGCAGGACGCCAUCAACCUGCUGGCCUCUCUGGGUCAGAUCCGGUCUCUGCUGUCAGUGCGCAUGGGGAAGGAGGAGGAGAAGCUGAUGAUUGAUGGGCUUGGGGACAUCAUGAACAAUAAAGUUUUCUACCAGCAUCCUAAUCUGAUGCGGGUUCUGGGCAUGCACGAGACCGUGAUGGAGGUCAUGGUUAAUGUUCUAGGAGGAGACAAAUCCCAGAAGAUCGCCUUCCCAAAGAUGGUGGCCAGCUGCUGUCGUUUCCUGUGUUACUUCUGCCGCAUCAGCCGGCAGAACCAGAAAGCCAUGUUUGACCACCUGAGCUACCUGCUGGAGAACAGCAGCGUGGGUCUGGCCUCUGAAGCCAUGCGAGGCUCCACUCCCCUCGAUGUUGCCGCCUCCUCGGUCAUGGACAACAACGGGCUGGCUCUGGCUCUGGAGGAGCCUGACCUGGAGAAGGUGGUGAUGUACUUGGCGGGAUGUGGCCUGCAGAGCUGUGCCAUGCUGGUUGCUAAAGGUUACCCUGACAUUGGCUGGAACCCCAUAGAGGGAGAACGCUACCUGUCCUUCCUGAGGUUCGCCGUCUUCUGUAAUGGUGAAAGCGUGGAGGAAAACGCCAACGUGGUGGUGAAGCUGCUGAUCCGGCGUCCCGAGUGUUUCGGGCCCGCCCUCCGGGGGGAGGGGGGGCAGGGUCUGUUGGCUGCCAUGAACGAAGCCAUCAAGAUUUCUGAGGACCCUGCUCUGGACCUGCCCAAGACCCCCGCUGGAGACGCUGCUGGGUCUGCCGAAGAGGAAGAAGAGGUUAUUCACAUGGGAAACGCCAUCAUGUCCUUCUACUCUGCCCUCAUUGACCUGCUGGGACGCUGUGCUCCAGAGAUGCAUCUCAUCAAUGCUGGUAAAGGGGAAGCGCUGCGUAUCCGGGCCAUACUGCGCUCCCUGGUUCCCACCUCUGACCUGGUCGGCAUCAUCAGCAUUCCCCUCAACAUGCCGGUGGUUCAUAAAGAUGGCACCGUGACAGAACCGGACAUGUCUGCCUCUUUCUGUCCGGACCACAAGGCCCCCAUGGUGCUUUUCCUAGACAGAGUGUACGGCAUCGAGGACCAGAGCUUCCUGCUCCAGCUGUUGGAGGUCGGCUUCCUCCCUGACCUGAAAGCAUCUGCGUCUCUGGACACUGAGGUGCUCAGCACCACAGAGACGGCUCUGGCCAUGAACAGGUACAUCGGCUCGGCGCUGCUGCCGUUGCUGACGCGCUGCGCCGCCCUGUUUGCCAACACUGAGCAUUACGCUCAGCUGGUGGACUCUACGCUGGAGACCAUCUACCGGCUGUCGAAAGGUCGCUCGCUCACCAAAGCCCAGAGGGAUGCCAUCGAGGACUGUCUGCUUACCAUCUGCAAACAUCUGCGUCCGUCCAUGAUGCAGCAGCUGCUCAGGCGGCUGGUAUUCGACGUUCCCAUGCUUUCAGAGUACUGCAAGAUACCUCUGCGGCUGUUGACCAACCACUACGAGCAGAACUGGAAGUACUACUGUCUGCCGUCGGGUAUGGGCAGCUUCGGCAUCGCCUCUGAAGAGGAGCUGCUGCUCACCAAGAAACUCUUCUGGGGAAUUUUUGACUCUCUGUCUCAGAAGAAGUACGAUAGUGAACUCUUCAAAAUGGCCAAAUCCUGCCUGUGUGCCAUCGCCGGAGCGCUGCCGCCAGACUUUGUGGACACCAGCUUAGCGGCGAGUCUGGAGAAACAGGGAUCGGUGGACGCGCAGGGCAAUUUUGAGCCCAAGCCCAUCAGCACGGCCAACAUCUCCCUUCCUGAGAAACUGGAGUACGCUGCCAACAAGUACGCAGAGCACUGCCAUGACAAGUGGAGCUCAGAGAAAAUGUCUGCAGGCUGGAAACAUGGAGACAGUCUGGACGAGCAGGCCAAAGCCCAUCCACUGCUCAAGCCUUUCAAAGCUCUGAGUGAGAAGGAACGAGAGACGUACCGCUGGCCUGUGAGGGAGGCGCUGAAGAGCAUGCUGGCCAUGAGCUGGAACAUCGAGAGGACCAAGGAGGGAGAAGCCAUGUUCCAGCAACGAGAGAGUGAAAAGCAGAGACGCGUGUCAGAGUCGCAGGGAGACGGAUUCACUCCCGCCCCCAUGGAACUCCAUAACGUCACUUUGUCUCGAGAGUUGCAGGGCAUGGUUGAGGUGGUGGCAGAGAAUUAUCACAACAUCUGGGCCAAGAAGAAGAAAACAGAGCUGCAGAGCAAAGGAGGGGGCGCUCACCCGCUGCUCGUGCCGUACGACACCCUGACUGCUAAGGAGAAGUACAGAGACAGAGAGAAGGCUCAGGAGCUCUUCAAGUUCCUGCAGAUAAGUGGCUAUGCCAUCACAAGAGGGCUGAAGGACCUGGAGCUCGACUCGUCUUCCAUGGAGAAGCGUUUUUCCUUCAAAUUCCUCAAGAGACUCCUGAAAUACGUGGACUCUGCUCAGGAGUUCAUCGCCCAUCUAGAGGCCAUGGCCACCAGCGGUAAGACGGACAAGUCGCCGCAUGACCAGGAAAUCAAGUUCUUCGCUAAGGUGCUGCUCCCCCUGAUUGACCAAACCUUCAAGAACCACUGCCUCUACUUCCUGUCCACACCCAACAAGAACCUGAGCAGCUGCGGCUGCGCCUCCAACAAGGAGAAGGAGAUGGUGACCAGUCUGUUCUGUAAGCUGGCAGCUCUGGUCAGACACAGGAUUUCUCUCUUCGGGAGUGACUCCGCCAUGAUGGUCAGCUGCUUGCACAUUCUCACAAACUCGCUGGACACCAGGACGGUGAUGAAGUCUGGCUCAGAGCUGGUCAAAGCCAGCUUCAAGGCGUUCUUUGAGAACGCCUCGGAGGACCUGGAGAAGCUGGUGGAGAUGCUGAAGCUGGGGAAGUUCAUGCAGUCACGUGCGCAGAUGAAGAGCGUCAGCCAGAGCAUCAACUAUGUGACUGUGGCGCUGCUGCCCAUCCUCACUGCGCUCUUCGAGCACAUCCGGACACACGAGUUUGGAGUGGAUUUACUCUUGAACGACGUCCAGCUGUCCUGCUACAGAAUCCUGAUGUGCUUCUACUCUCUGGGAACCGGAAAGAACAUCUUUGUGGAGAGGCUGCUGCCAGCACUGGGGGAGAGUCUGGCCACUCUGGUGGGGGCCAUGCCGGUAGCCUUCCUGGAGCCCCACCUCAACGCCCACAACCCCCUUUCAGUGUUCAACACCAAGACCCCCCGGGAAAGAGCCAUCCUGAGCAUGCCCGACACGGUGGAGGAGAUGUGUCCGGAGAUGCCUCGGCUGGACAAACUGCUCAAAGACGUCAACGACAUCUCUGACUCUGGAGCACGCUACAGCGACAUGCCGCAGGUCAUCGAGGUCGUCCUCCCCAUGCUCUGCAACUACCUGUCCUACUGGUGGGAGAAAGGUCCAGAGAACUCCCCCCCAGAUACAGACUGCUGCACCAUGGUGACCUCCGAACACCUGAGCAUCAUCCUAGGAAACAUCCUGAAAAUCCUCAACAACAACCUGGGUAUCGAUGACGCCCCCUGGAUGAAGAGGAUUGCAGUCUACUCUCAGCCAAUCAUCUGCAAAGCUGGAGCAGAUCUGUUGAGAAGCCACUUCCUGCCCACGCUGGACAAACUGAGGAAGAAGACGGUGAAGGUCGUGGCUGAAGAAGAGCUGCUGAAGGCCGACAGUAAAGGUGACAACCAGGAGGCGGAGCUUCUCAUCCUGGAUGAGUUUGCAAUGCUCUGCAGGGACCUGUAUGCCUUCUACCCCAUGCUCAUCCGAUACGUGGACAACAACCGAUCCAGAUGGCUGAAGGAGCCGGACGCAGACUCCACCGAACUCUUCAAGAUGGUUGCUGAGAUCUUCAUCCUCUGGUGCAAGUCCAAUAACUUUAAGCGUGAGGAGCAGAACUUUGUGAUCCAGAAUGAGAUCAACAACUUGGCUUUCCUAACCGGAGAAGGAAAAGCAAAGAUGUCUAAGUCGGGAGGGGACCAGGAAAGGAAGCACAAGCGUCGUCGUGGCGAGCUGUACUCCAUCCAAACCUCUCUGAUCGUCUCUGCGCUGAAGAAGCUGCUGCCCAUCGGCCUGAACAUGUGCACACCUGGAGAUCAGGAGCUCAUCUCUUUGGCUAAGAUCCGCUACAGCCUGAAAGACACGGAUGACGAGGUGAAGGAGCAUCUGCAGCAGAACCUCCACCUGCAGGAGAAGUCGGACGACCCGGCAGUGCAGUGGCAGAUGAACCUUUACAAAGACGUGAUGGUGAAGAGUGGCGAGCUGACCAACCCAGAACAUGCAGUGGACAGAAUCCAGAGCAUCUCUGCGGCCGUCUUCCACCUGGAGCAGGUGGAGCAGCCUCUGAGGAAUAAGAAGUGUGUGGUCCAGAAGCUGCUGUCUAAGCAGCGGAAGCGCGCCGUGGUGGCUUGUUUCCGCAUGGCUCCUCUCUACAACCUGCCCAGGCAUCGUGCUAUCAACUUCUUCAUCCCGGCCUAUCAGAGACUUUGGAUAGAAGCAGAGGAGUACUCCUUUGAGGAGAAGCUAGUUCAGGACCUGGCAAAGACCCCAAUGAAGAUUGUGGAGGAAGAGGAGGAGGAGGUGGCAGAGAUCAAGCCCGACCCUCUUCAUCAGCUCAUUCUCCACUUCAGCCACAACGCCCUGACAGAGAGAAGUCACUUGGAAGUAGAUCCUUUGUAUAUUGCAUAUGCAGACAUGAUGGCAAAGAGCUGUGCAGAGGACGAGGAGGAAGAGGAAGAAGAAGGGAAAGAAAAGACGUUCGAGGAGAAGGAGAUGGAAAAGCAGAAGAUCUUGUAUCAGCAGGCUAGGCUGCACGCGCGAGGAGCGGCUGAGAUGGUGCUGCAGAUGAUCAGUGCCAGCAAAGGUCGUUUGGGUCCCAUGGUGACCUGCACCCUCAAACUGGGAAUCUCCAUCCUCAACGGAGGCAACGUGCACGUUCAGCAGAAAAUGCUCAAUUACCUAAAGGAAAAAAGAGACGCAGGAUUUUUCAAGAGUCUCUCAGGACUGAUGCAGUCGUGCAGUGUCCUGGACUUGAAUGCAUUUGAGAGGCAGAACAAAGCAGAAGGACUUGGCAUGGUGACAGAGGAAGGUUCAACCCACACUGGACGGGGCUCCAAGGUGCUGCAGAAUGACGAGUUCACCAAAGAUCUCUUCCGCUUUUUGCAACUUCUUUGUGAGGGACACAAUGGAGAUUUCCAGAACUUCCUGAGAACCCAGACAGGAAACACCACCACAGUGAACAUCAUUAUUAGCACUGUGGACUAUUUGCUUCGCCUUCAGGAAUCCAUCAGUGAUUUCUACUGGUACUACUCUGGCAAAGACAUCAUCGAUGAGACUGGAAAGCUGAACUUCUCCAAGGCCUUGGCGGUAGCAAAGCAGAUCUUCAACUCUCUGACUGAGUACAUUCAGGGCCCGUGCAUCGGGAACCAGCAGAGUCUGGCUCACAGCAGACUGUGGGACGCAGUCGUGGGAUUUUUACACGUGUUUGCUAACAUGCAGAUGAAACUGUCUCAGGAUGCCAGUCAGAUAGAGCUGCUGAAGGAGUUGAUGGACCUGCAGAAGGACAUGGUCGUCAUGUUGUUGUCUCUCCUUGAGGGUAACGUGGUGAACGGAACCAUCGGGAAGCAGAUGGUAGACACCCUGGUGGAGUCCUCCAACAACGUGGAGAUGAUCCUCAAGUUUUUCGACAUGUUCCUGAAGCUGAAGGAUCUGACAACCUCUGACAACUUUAAGGAGUACGACCCCGAGUUCAAAGGCAUCAUUUCCACCAAAGAGUUCCAGAAGUCGAUGGAGAGCCAGAAGCAGUACACCCAGUCAGAGAUCGAGUUCCUGCUCUCCUGCGCCAAAGCAGACGAGAACGACAUGUUCAACUACAAGGAGUUUGUGGAGCGAUUCCAUGAGCCGGCCAAAGACAUUGGCUUCAACGUUGCUGUGCUGCUGACCAACCUGUCCGAACACAUGCCCCACGACUCGCGGCUCAGCACCUUCCUGGACCUGGCAGAAAGCGUGCUGAGCUACUUUGAGCCGUACCUGGGUCGUAUUGAAAUCCUGGGCAGCGCAAAGCGGAUUGAAAGGGUUUACUUUGAGAUCAGCGAGUCCAGCCGGGAGCAGUGGGAGAAGCCGCAAGUCAAGGAAUCCAAGCGGCAGUUCAUCUUUGACGUGGUGAACGAGGGCGGAGAGAGCGAGAAGAUGGAGAUGUUUGUGAACUUCUGCGAGGACACCAUCUUUGAGAUGCAGCUGGCCUCGCAGAUCUCUGAACCCGAUGUGGUUGAGCAGCCUGAGGAGGAGGAGGAAGAGGAGCACAGCCUCCUGGAGGAGCUGGCUGGAGAUGAAGAAGCUCUAGAGACUCCCUCAGCUUUUACCAGUGCGUGCCGUUCGGUGAAGAAGAAGAUCUCCGACGUCCGUCAGAUUUUUGCCAUUAAAAAUAUACGCAAGAAGUUUAAGAAAAUCAGGAAGCUGAGUGUGAAGGAAAUGAUCACGGGCUUCUUCUCCUUCUUCUGGAUGAUCUUCAUCGGCUUCUUCAAGGGAAUCUACAGCCUCAUCUUUGGUUUCUUCCACAUCAUCUGGUCCUCCAUGUUUGGUGGAGGUCUAGUUGAAGGAGCCAAAAACAUUAAGGUGACGGACAUCCUGGGACACAUGCCCGAACCCACUCAGUUUGGUAUCCAUGGAGACGCGGUGGAGGGAGACAAAGCCGAAACGACGGAGUCAUCAGGAAGCAUGGACACAGCCAUGGCGCCCACUGGAGACAUCGUAGAGGUAGACACCAUGAUGGAAAUGCUGGCGCCAAAAAAAGAAGGAGGCAAGCAUGUGGAGCCUGGCCUGGGAGACGUUUCUGAGCUGAGUGGAGAUUCUUCUGCAGAUCACAAAAAGAAAGGGUCUUCCAAACUGGCCGAUACCAUUGAGACUGGAAAAGAGAAAGCAGACUCCGAGAACCAGGAGAAGGAGGACAAGCCAAAAGAGGAGGAGGUGAAGGAGCCGGCAGCAGAGGAGAAACCUCGGGUGAAAUCCAGCCAGCCUAAAGAAGCGUCUCCUGCCUUCAUGUCAACCAUCUUUGCUGUUCUUGAUGUCUAUAUGACCAAGAUGCUGAACUACUUGGCUCGUAACUUCUACAACCUCCGUUUCCUGGCUCUGUUUGUGUGCUUUGCCAUCAACUUCAUCCUGCUUUUCUAUAAGGUCACUGAAGAGAGUGAGGAGGAAGAGGAGGAUGAGCACCGUUGGGGUGAAGAAGAAGAAAAUGACGAGAACACGCUCUUUGACAUGGACGAGUUUGUGCUUCAGGAGAGCACAGGUUACAUGCUGCCAACGCUGCGCUUCCUGGCUAUUUUCCACACGGUCAUCUCGCUCCUCUGUCUGUUCGGCUACUACUGUCUGAAGGUUCCUCUGGUGGUCUUCAAGAGGGAAAAGGAGAUCGCCAGGAAGCUUGAGUUUGAUGGUUUGUACAUCACUGAACAACCUUCCGAUGAUGACAUCAAGGGUCAGUGGGAUCGGCUCGUCAUUAACACGCCGUCUUUCCCGAACAAUUACUGGGACAAGUUUAUUAAGCGCAAGGUCAUCAACAAAUAUGGCGACAUGUAUGGGGCUGAGCGCAUCGCUGAACUCCUGGGUCUGGAUAAAUCUGCUCUGGACUUUGAUCCGACGGUGGAGACGGUGGAGAAGGAGGCCUCCUUGGUUUCCUGGUUUAGCUCCAUCGACACCAAAUACCACAUCUGGAAGCUGGGCGUGGUUUUGACUGACAAUUACUACCUGUAUCUGAUCUGGUACACCACUAUGUCCAUCUUUGGACACUUCAACAACUUCUUCUUUGCUGCUCACCUGCUGGACAUCGCCAUGGGCUUCAAGACCCUCCGCACCAUCCUGUCGUCCGUCACCCACAACGGCAAGCAGCUGGUGCUGACGGUGGGUCUGCUGGCCGUGGUGGUUUAUCUCUACACCGUGGUGGCCUUCAAUUUCUUUAGAAAGUUCUACAAUAAAAGCGAGGAUGAAGACGAGCCGGACAUGAAGUGUGACGAUAUGAUGACGUGUUACUUGUUCCACAUGUACGUGGGCGUGAGGGCUGGAGGAGGAAUCGGAGACGAGUUGGAGGAUCCAGCUGGAGAUCCCUACGAGCUCUACCGCAUCCUGUUCGACAUCACCUUCUUCUUCUUUGUCAUCGUCAUCCUCCUGGCCAUCAUUCAGGGUUUGAUCAUUGACGCCUUCGGUGAGCUGAGAGACCAGCAGGAGCAGGUGAAGGAGGACAUGGAGACCAAAUGCUUCAUCUGUGGCAUCGGGAACGACUACUUUGACCGGACGCCUCACGGCUUUGAAACCCACACCUUACAGGAGCACAACCUCGCCAACUACCUGUUCUUCUUGAUGUACCUGAUCAACAAGGACGAGACUGAGCACACGGGUCAGGAGUCGUACGUGUGGAAGAUGUACCAGGAGAGAUGCUGGGACUUCUUCCCCGCCGGAGACUGCUUCCGCAAACAAUAUGAGGACCAGCUGGGUUAGAGGGCGGGGGCAGUUUCUGGUCAUGCCCCGGCCUCAACCCCCACAGCCUACACCUUCCUUCCAUCUGACAGAGACUCUGAACUCAUUGCACGCUGUGAAGACAAAUGCACGUUAAUGAUUGGAUGAUUGAGGCGUCACAGAAAACGGUUCAUGACCACGACCCUUUCACGUCGACUGAAAGAGAGCGUUCAUUCGGGUUUACGCUGGAGAAAUCCCGCCCUCUAAGAAAAGAAAAAAAAAAAAAAAGUUAAACUCCUGUAGAUUCUAUCAAAAUACAAAAAAAGUUUGAAAAAAGUUGUGGGUGUGGCCAGCGAAAUAAUGGAAAACUUACUUUAAUAUCACAAAACUCAGUGAGAAUGAGACAGUUAAACAAAAAGGUUAAGAAGUGGGCGGAGCUUUCCUGAAUGUGGAAUUUUUACAUUUGCUGAAAGUGCUUUGACCUGAGCUAGAACCUCUCCGCGGUUUUUCACUAGUGUUGCUUUAAAUGAUUCUGCUAGAAAAUCCGUUCUGUAGGAGUCGAUUGCUUUUGUUUGUAUUUCAAAGAAAAAAAAGCCCAAAAAAAGGAGUGAAACUAAGCAGGAAGGUUUUAACCGCCUUUAUUUCUCGAGUCAGAUCCAUGCGACACCGCGUGGAGAGUGAAUGUGUGAACAUGCACAACGUUCCUGAGCUGAGACGAUCCACGGCGGUCCUGUCAGAACCGCAGACGACCCACUUUAGGUGUUUCAGUGCCGACGUGCCUUUAAAAAAAGACUAACUAUGCAAACGUUAAUGGUUCUUCUGUUCCUCCACACAACCCGAUCACAAGCAGAUUUACAUCUCGCUGGUUUUCAAUAAAAAUCAUCAUUUGUUGUAUAAAACUCUUCAUGUAAAUGUUGCUUCGUUUUUGUCCUCAGACUGUGUAAACUCCCAUAAUGCAGUUGGGUUCGGCGGUUUAUUGGCUGUUUGUAGCCGCUGUGGGAAACUGCAUUUAUUUUGGUGAGCAGAGGAACUUAAUAAAGUUGCAGUAAAGCAAA